AUGAACAGUGGACUGGUUGGUACAUCCCAUCAGCACCAUAACAGCCACGUCUUUCGGAGGUGUUUGGCAUUGUUCAUGUCGAUAUUCGUGGGCUUGGCGUCUGGAACGCCAUACCUCUAUGGAAUCUAUAGUCCCCAGUUAGUAAAAAGGGUCCAACUCACAGCCUCCGAUUCUGCUACCAUAUCGUUAGCAAUUAAUAUCGGGACUGGUGUGGGAGGAUUUUUGGGAGGCAUACUCAUAGACCACAAGGGACCUCAGUUCUGCAUUUUUCUCGGGUCAAUUUUCAUCUUUUUGGGGUAUAUGGGGCUUUAUCAGGUAUAUCGCCAUGCUUAUUCUAGUUUGUUUGUUAUUUGCUUCUGUGCCAUGGUGAUGGGGUUUGGGUCAAUUGCCUCAUAUUUCGCUACUUUGAAGGCUUCACAGACAAACUUUCCCGCUCAUAGAGGGAGUGCUGGGGUGUUUCCCGUUAGUUCUUAUGGAUUGGCAGCCAGUUUGUUUUCUCUUGUUACUGCUAAGUUUUUUGAAUCAGACACUGGUGGAUUAUUGAGAUUCUUAAGUUUGUGCUGCGGAACCACGGUUUUUAUUGGGUCUUGGUUUGUCAAGAUUUUUGUGGAUGAUCACCCGGUUGAUGAAGAAGCUGAAACUCAACCAUUAUUGUCGAGUUCUUCUGAAGCUAAUACUGAAGAUGCGGAGACAGCUGCCGAUAUGAAGCUCAGUUAUUCUGAUAACGCCUCUAUUGCAGGUUCCAUUUCCUUCUGGGGAAUUGGUGAUAGAACUCCUAGAAGUUCAAGUAGUUCACUUUCUCCAGACCUUGUUCCGACCGUGAACGGCCUUAGAGAAGAGAACGCCUCUGCUACUCCUAAGAGACCAGCUUUCUCUAACAGAAACAAUUCAUUUGCGUCCGCUUGGAUCAUCGUAUGGGAUUUAUUGACCAAUAGGCAAUUCUUAGCCCACUUUCUGUUGGUGGCAUUGUUCACUGGUCUGGCUCAAACAUACAUUUUUUCGAUUGGAUUCAUUGUUGCAGCACAAGUCACCUAUAGUGAAUAUAGUGAUCUUAAUGCCCCUCAAGUCCAAGCACUACAAGUUGCAAUUCUCUCGAUUGCCUCUUUUUCGGGCAGAUUAACUUCUGGGAUCUUGUCCGAUUUUCUUUAUAAAAAGUUGCAUAUCCAAAGACUUUGGAUUAUUAUUGUGAACACUGCCAUUUUGGCAGUUGGUUUAUUUAUCACCUCAGUUAACAAUGGGAACAUUCAUUUGAUUUCCUUAACUUCUGCUCUCAUUGGUGGUAGUUUUGGUUUAACCUUCGGCACGUAUCCUGCAAUUAUAGCAGAUUUCUUUGGAACGAGAACAUUUUCUACAACUUGGGGGUUGAUCUGUAUGGGACCAUUGUUGGUAUUGUACAUCUUAAACAAGUUUUUCGGUAUUAUUUAUGAUGCCAACACCGACCCAGAUACCGGAAUCUGUUACAAGGGAAACGGAUGUUAUAAAGGUGCAAUUGAAGCAUGUUUUUCAUUAUGCUUUAUCAUUGUAGUCAUCAACAUAUUAUUGAUCUAUAUACAUAGAAAACGUCAAUAA